CUGCUUCUAGUGCCGGGGAUUGCGUGCGAGGUUUCCUUUCCCACAGACAGAAGGCAUCUCUCUCUCUCUCGCUCGCUCUCUCUCUCUCUCUCACGAUGAGAAGAAGGGGAAUGCAGCAGCAGCAGAUACUGUUGCUUCGCCUCCUUUUAGUGUUUGUCCUCCUCUGGGCACUGGCCUCCCCAAUAAUUUCUCACACCCCAACCAUGACUUCAUCUCUACCACCAACUGCAGCAGUUUCUUCUCUGUCGGAGUGGAGAUCGGCACGCGCCACCUACUAUGCGGCCGCGGACCCCAGAGACGCGGUGGGGGGAGCCUGCGGCUACGGGGAUCUAGUGAAGGCAGGCUACGGGAUGGCCACCGUGGGGCUGAGUGAGUCUCUGUUCCAGAGAGGACAGGUAUGCGGGGCCUGCUUCGAGCUUCGCUGCGUCGAGGACCUGCGCUGGUGCAUCCCCGGCACCUCCAUCAUCCUCACUGCCACCAACUUCUGCGCCCCUAACUACGGCUUCCCCGCUGACGGCGGUGGCCACUGCAAUCCCCCCAACCAGCACUUUGUGCUUCCAAUUGAGGCCUUCGAGAAGAUCGCCAUCUGGAAGGCCGGCAACAUGCCCGUUCAGUACCGCAGAAUCAAAUGCAGAAAGGAAGGAGGAAUCAGGUUUACAAUUGAUGGCUCUAGUAUCUUCAUUUCGGUCCUGAUCAGCAAUGUUGCUGGUGCUGGAGACAUAGUGGCGGUAAAAGUUAAAGGUUCAAGGACUGGUUGGCUUCCCAUGGGGAGGAACUGGGGUCAGAAUUGGCACAUAAAUGCUGAUUUGAAGAAUCAACCUCUCUCAUUUGAGGUCACUGCCACCAAUGGGUUGACUGUUACCUCUUACAAUGUCGCUCCCAAGGACUGGAAUUUUGGUCAAACCUUUGAAGGCAAGCAAUUUGAGUCUUGAUAAUAGGGCGAUUAAUGUGGGUCAAUUCUUUCAAUCUCUUCUUUCCCCAUCGGUUUUGGGGAUGGUUCUAUGUGAAGUUUUGUGUGGAAUGAAAAGGGGAUGCAGAGAUUUACCUUGAAUGGAGUUUGAUCCUGCAAACAGAAAAGACGAUCAGUCUGUGUGAGCUUGCCACUUUAAGAAACCUUAUUUUUCCAGAGAAAGAAAAGAAAGUGGACUAAUCAGCAAUCCAAACAGUCUAAUUUGAUCUUAUAAAGUAGAUGUAUCAUCUGUUUUCAAAGCAUAAACAACUCAGUUCCUGGUUA